AUGACUCGACCUUUGGGAGAAUUCCCCCAUUGCCCUGGAGCUUGGUAUUCCUCCGACAAAGACUCACGAGAACGCAAACAUCCGCGCAUUAGCGAAUCCACCCCAACCCCAAUAGCACCCCCUCUGGCCUUCGUCAACCCUCCAGUCGAAGCAUCCAUUCCGGCCGAAGAAGCACCUGCAGAAGAAGCACCUGCAGUCGAAGACCAGGCCUUUCCGGAAUCUCCCCAAGCCUCUCAAAGCACACAGGCAUACGCGGACCGCUUGGCCUCUGAAGACAAUGAUUUCGAAGACUUUGACGCGGUCGCGCUCCUAGCAGCGUACGAAGCACACAUACAGCAAAUCAAGGACCACCACGCCACCCUCGCUGCAACAAAAACAGUUGUACCAGAAAUCGCAAGCAGAGCUAGUAGAGCCGAUACAGAAUCUCUCCCGGAAGCCUCUGGUGGAGCCUCUCCUGGACCCGAAUGCCUAACAUGCUCUCGACCACGCGCAUCAAGCCUCGAGGUAGGCCGCUCCGCCUUGCAAGAAGAACAACAAAGCAAAAUCUCCAAACCCCCAACUCCGAGUCGACCCCCCUUUGAAUAUACUGGUAAUCCCGAAGAAAGCGAUACCGAAAGCAACACAACUAUCCUCGACGAACCCGACGCCCCCCAAUCAACAAAGGCUCGUUCAAAGGCUCCUGCGACCCCUCAAAAGGCUCAAAAGGCUUCAGCCGAUUCACCAAGCGACGCCGAAAGCGACACAACUAUCCACGACGAACCCGACGAACCCCAAUCAGCAAAGGCUCGUUCAAAGCCUCCUGCGACCCCUGAAAAGGCUCAAAAGGCUUCAGCCGAUUCACCAAGCAUGCCACCACGCAGGGGAAGAGCCUCAGCUGCCUAUAAGAUUACCAGUAUUGAACAGAUGAGGGAGAUUCUGCAACUUACUGGAAGAGAUGAUGUCUACAGGGCUCUGCGUACUGCGCUCAGUGAUGAGAUGACAAGAAUUGGCUGGGUCAACAAGACAACCUCUGGACUUGAUUUAUUCGGGCGAUUGAGGGAUUGGCUUAUAAAUCACAAAGUUCUCAAAGCCUUAAAGCAAAGUUACAUGAGGAAGGGCUCGGAGGCCUCCGAGAAGAUCAAAGCAGCCCUCGGUUAUCUCAUUGGCGACCGAUCCCACAAAGUGAACAGAGCCCACACCCGUGGAGCCAGGGCUUAA